AUGAAGCCCAACUAUCGACCUUUGUGUUCUUUUCUCAUACUAUUGCUGCCUGCGUUUUUGUACACAGCAGAGAUCAAUGCACAGAGCGAAGGCAUUAUAGUUGCUCCUGGCAAAAGAUCGCAACCAGAUGUGGUUCCUUUGGGGGAGUUUGUUUACUUAGAAUCAGAUCUCAUUCGUGAUACCGCCCCAUCUGACGAUAUUUUUCAUGCAGUAGCUCCAAAUAAAGAAGUAUAUACAUAUUCCCAUUCACCUGAUAGGGACGCUGAAGAAGAAAAUAUACCAAACAUCGACGGCUAUGUGCCUUCUCAUACCCCUCAAGCAGAUGUAGAUACCGCAGCAACAGCAGAAGAUGCUCCAACACAGGCGUCUUCUCUAGAAGAGCAAAACACCAAAGAGGCAGCAGAAGAGAGCGAUCCCCUCAUAGCAGAAUUGGAAGAGGGAUCAACAGACCUACCUCCUCAAAAUGAAAUUACUACUGUUCCUAAUGCUAUAAAUGUAGACCAGAAACCCGAAAACUUUCCCUUGAAGCCAGAUUCAAUUAGCAUGGAAGAUGAACCCAGUAAUCUCCCUAUAAUGCCACAGAAGAAUCCUGAAUUAGAGGAAAAAAAACCAGGCGAUAUUCCCCAGCAAGUUGAGCUAGACAGUACACCUUCUGAUGCAGAGCCCAAACAAGUACCAGGAACUCCGCCAGAUACGCAAUUUGAAAUAGAAACCACCACACCAUCCUUUCCUCCACUUCCCAUACCCUCUGAGGAACACAACGAAGAUAUAGCCCCCAGUGCUACACCAGAUGACAUGCGUCCAGAACCUAUUGAAGAACCUGUUGAGGAAACCCAACCAGAAUUUACCCCAGAGUUCAAUGAAGAUAUAGCCCCCAGUGCUACACCAGAUGACAUGCGUCCAGAACCUAUUGAAGAACCUGUUGAGGAAACCCAACCAGAAUUUACCCCAGAGUUCAACGAGGCACCUGAAACACUAGAUGUACCAAGUGCAGAAGAAGUAGUACCUGAGCUUAUUAUAGACACUAGCCCCAAGAUUGAAGAAUCCUCCCCCGAACCCACAGUAGAAGAAAGUAGCCCUGAAGUAAUCGAAGAAGAGCAGCCUACAGAAGCACCUGAGGAGGCACCUGAACCUACGCAGGCAAUAGAACAAGACAUAGAAGAUCCAACUGCAUUUGAAGAGACAAGCAGCAUAGAACAGUUAGCUACACUAGGUGCUAAACGUUUUAUUCAAGUACUUAGCAAUAAAAGUUAUGCUGCUAUAGAAGAUGCUGCGAAGCAAGAGAUUUUAAGAGCUAAAGAGCAGAAUUCACAAUUAUCAAUAUAUAAGCAAGAGGGUUCAGAUUUUUAUAGAUUGCUGAUAGGACCGCUACGUCAUGAAGAAUUAGGGGUAGAAUUGCUUUAUUGGAGAAAGCAUGGAUUUCUAGAUGCAUAUGUUAUCUAUGGGGAUAAAUAA